CCCCACUCCACCAUGCAGGGCCUCCUCGCAGAGAUCAACAAGCGCAAGGCUGACGACUUUGACUCCAAGGCCGACGCCCCAAGCAGCAAAUACCAGCGACGAGGCGAUGUCGAGCGCGAGCGCGAGGAGGCCGCCGCGCGCAAGCGCGAAGAGGAGAAGCAGCGCAAGGCCGAGGCCGAGUCGUCGCGUGCGGCAAAGAUGAGGAAGGAGGCCGAGACGGCUCGCAACGCUGCUCUCGGAAAACUCGCGGCAUCCGGCGCCAACACACCAGACACUGGCUCGCCAGCGCCCGAAGGCGGCGCGUCGGAGCGCUUCAACAUCUCUGCCGAGGAGUGUAUCCGACGACUGCGUGCCAAGGGCCAGCCGAUCCGGCUAUUCGGCGAGACGGACAAGGACCGGCGGCUGCGUCUUCGCGCGCUCGAGAUGCUCGAGGACCGCAACACGGGGCGGCAAAACGACUUUAAGCGCGCCGUCGAGGACAUGAACCUGCGUGAGCAGGAGCGCCAGGCGCGUGGCGAGACGUCGCGCGCGGGCGAGGCUAGCGGCAAGGACGACGAUAAGCGGAGGAAGAUGUUCGAGGACGGCCCGCUCGACCUGGGUCUUAUCAAAACCGAUUUCAACAAGCUGCAUCCGUUGAUCUACUGGGCGUUCAAGGGCCUGCUGAAAGAAUGGGAAGACUACCUCGACGCACGGCCAGACGACGUCAAGCGCACAGCACAGGGCAAGCUCGCCGCCGCCAACCAGGUGCAGUCGGCGCAGAACCUCAAGCCGCUGUUCAAGAUGCUGCGGAGUCGCGAACUCGGCGAAGACGUCGUGCGCCAUCUCGCCGAAAUCAUCCACUACGCCCAGGUGCGCCAGUACCAAAAGGCCAACGACGCGUACCUCCGCCUGUCGAUCGGCAACGCUGCGUGGCCUAUCGGCGUGACGUCCGUCGGCAUCCACGAGCGUUCGUCACGGGAAAAGAUCCAGCAGGAUAACAUUGCCCAUGUGCUCAACGACGAGGUGUCGCGCAAGUACAUCCAGGCUGUGAAGAGGCUAUUGACGUUCUCGCAGACUGUCCGUCCGCCGGACAGCCUCUCGCUGAUGAUGGGUUAGGGUGUAGUACUAGUAGUGUC